AUGGCUAAAGAAAGGAUAGAUCUACUUCAGCGGGCGGUCUCCAGCGUGCUAGCCGCUCUUCAGAUGCCCGAUUUUAGGUCUCAGACUUACGAUGCUACAUAUAACCAGGAACCAAACAACAACCGUGAGGGUCUCACCGAGCUUCCUAACAUCGGGUCGCUAAACCCCAUCAACUGUAAUGGCUUCAAGAAACCCGAGACUGAUAUAGAUGUAGAAGACAGCGGAUACGCGAUCGGGCCAAAGAACCCGACAAAGAUUACUUGCCGAAACGCCUCGAUUUGA